CUGCUACAAGUGUGGCCGAAGAGGGCGAAGCGCAUCUGGAGGAAGAGGGAGCAACGAACAAGAGGACUAUGAGUACCAAAUCCGGUCAAGUUCGAUUUGACUAAAGGAUGCAAAAUACACGCAUCAUUACCUGGAUAUUCUCUUUGCUGUUUUAAUACAUCAAAAGCACUAGCCAGUGCAAGCUUCAGUCUGCGCAGGAAUGGAUCAAUCCAUAGCAAUCCAAGAAACUCUGGCCGAAGACGAGAACUGUAUUAUAGUAUCCUUGAAGUACCAGCUAUUAAAGCGACUUAACGGUUGAUGUUUUGUUGCACAAGUUGUAAUUCUAGUUACACCGAAUUAUGUUUGGUUUCAAACAGCCUUGCUUCACAAGAUAGCUGCAGUUAUUAGUAUCGUUGAGAGUUCUAUUUGGGGGAAAAAGCCUGGGGCGAGGCCUGGUAGUUGAACUAACGUUAGCUGACAUCGUGAAAUUCGAAACACGAACAGUCGUAUUGUAAUUAGUAGAUGUAUAAGAAGCCAUUACAAGUUGUAUAUGUAGCUGUUGUCACUAGACAGCAGUGUCUUCAGUCCGUUUACGUUCUUAAAACUUCGUUCUCUCAACUUGGAAAAAUGAUUGUCACACGCGUAAUGUAACAGCGUCUGAGCAUGCUCAGAAAAAUAUAUAUAUAUUCUCACUUUCCACACAACCACACCAUCCACAUGGUGGAGAUCUUGCACAACCUAUGUAGUAGGCCUAUGUGUCGCACUGUGUGAACUGCAGAUACCAACGGCCUCGUGUAUUUCAUUGACAUUUUAUCACAUCGUUGUUCAUUAAAGUGUGAUACUUAAAUAUUCUCCUUAACUUUUCUUAACCAUGCGGUCCAAUGUUUCAUCCUUGUAGAUAAUUCCACUGAAAGCAGACUUCUGGGUUUAGUGGAACGGUCCAAAGAACAUGCGUAAGUGUAUUAAAGUAACGACAACGACGAUUACAUUGAGGAAACGUAGGAACUGGGGUAUUUUGUGAAAAUGUUUUUUUUUUUUUUUUUUUAACCGUUCUCAAAAUAAGCAUUUAUUCUCAAACGUUUUCGUUUUCCAGGCUGUUUGUGUAUGCACAUCGGCGAAUGGCAAUUACUGGAGAUGAUGUCAGUUUAGAUGAUAUCAUGCCUAUUUCGUAUGAUUUUGCUGUUGUUGAAGUUUCUUCUCCAGAUGAACUUGCUGUUGUUGGUGCUGACACCAGGUUGAGGGUAACUUUUCUCAAUGAAGAGCUGGAGUUGAGACUACCCUUCGGAUCGCACACGCGCCUCUUCCUCAGUGAGGUCAACAAGGCCUGGAGCGAUGUCUGCCAACAAUACCCAGCUGCAGAGCCCAGGUUUGAGUGGCUGUCCAAGUAUCGUCGCAAAGCAACAGCAGCCAGAGGUUCUCUGAAGCAGUCCCUGUCUCCUCUUGUGGAGCCGUUGUCCAAGUUGGGCCACAACCUGAAAUCAGAGAGGUCACAGACGGCCGAGAGAAGCGGACCGACUGUAGAGGACACGAGAAGCAGUGGAGUACUAGGCAGCCCUGGAAGUGAGGCCAGGGUGUUGCAUGAGGACAGGAAUGACCGGGUGCAGCCGACCACCAACAAGAACCAGAUGCUGGCCCUACCUCAGUUUGGCCUGCGGGACAACCUCAUCCGCUGUGAGCUGCUCAAGAACGAGGACGUCUACACCUACCUUGAGAACUUCAGCUUCUUCUUGGGAACUUAUAAUGUGAAUGGCCAGACACCAAAAGAGAGCCUGCGCCCAUGGCUGGCUUCGACUGCGGACCCCCCAGAUUUCUACUGUGUUGGUUUCCAGGAACUGGACCUCAGCAAAGAGGCGUUUAUCUUCAAUGACACGCCGAAGGAGCCCGAAUGGAUGAAGGCCGUGUUUGAUGGACUUCAUCCAGGUGGCAAGUACGCCUUUGUGAAGCACGUGCGUCUGGUGGGCAUCAUGCUCCUGUGCUUUGUGAAGACGGAGCACGCUGAGCACCUCUCAGAGGUGGAGGCUGAAACUGUGGGCACCGGCAUCAUGGGGAGGAUGGGCAACAAAGGCGGUGUGGCUGUUCGUUUCCGCUUCCACAACUCCAACAUCUGCGUGGUGAACUCGCACCUGGCUGCCCACAUAGAAGAGUACGAGCGGCGCAACCAGGACUACCGGGAGAUCUGCUCAAGGAUGCAGUUCCGCCAACAAGACUCAGACCUGCCCACACUGACCAUCAUGAAGCACAAUAUUGUCCUUUGGCUGGGAGAUCUGAACUACAGGAUAAGCAACCUUGAGGUGGACCAGGUGAAGGAUAUGAUCUCUAAAAAGGACUUUGAAGCACUGCAUGCGUUUGACCAGCUGAAGAGACAGAUUGAUGAGGAGGCGGUGUUUGUGGGCUUCACCGAGGGAGAGAUCGAUUUCCUGCCCACAUACAAAUAUGACACUGGCUCCAGUCGGUGGGACUCAAGUGAGAAGUGCCGAGUGCCGGCCUGGUGCGACCGGAUCCUGUGGAGGGGCAAGAACAUCCGCCAGCUGCACUAUAGGAGUCACAUGGACCUGAAAACCAGCGACCACAAGCCUGUCAGCUCCCUGCUGGAGAUAGGGAUCAAGUUGGUGAACGAAGACUCUUACAAACGGACAUUUGAGGAGAUUGUGAGGACACUGGACAAGAUGGAGAAUGAGUGUAUUCCCUCAGUGUCCUUGUCUCAAAGAGAGUUCCAGUUCAAAGAUGUGAAGUUCAUGCAGCACCGCUCUGAGACGCUGACAAUUCACAACGACGGACAGGUGCCGUGCCAGUUUGAAUUCAUUCAGAAGCUGGAUGAACCAGCCUACUGCAAGCCCUGGCUCACCGCCAACCCACACAAGGGAUUCCUGGCACAGGGGGCCAGUGUGGACAUCGAAUUUGAGGUGUUUGUGAACCGCUUCACCGCGCCACAACUGAACUCUGGCCUGCAGCAAAUCGAGGACAUCCUGGUGCUGCACCUGGACCGGGGCAAGGACUACUUCAUCUCGGUGAUGGGGAACUACCUGCCCAGCUGCUUUGGCACCUCCAUCCAGGCACUGUGCCACCUGCGGGAGGCCAUCCAGGAGAUGCCACUUGACACCAUCCAGAAACUAACCUCAAUGUCCACUGGCGAGGAGUCCAGUAGUUCAGUGACAGAUGUGCCCCGGGACAUCCCCAAGGAGAUCUGCAUGAUGGUGGACCACCUCUACCGCAACGCCAGCAAACAGGAGGACCUGUUUCAGCAACCAGGACUACGCAGCGAGUUUGAGGAAAUCAGAGAUUGCUUGGACACAGGGGAGCCAGACUCGCUCCCUGGAAGUAACCACUCUGUGGCGGAAGCACUGCUCCUCUUCCUCGACGCUCUUCCUGAACCUGUGGUUCCUUACCAUCUCUACAAGCAGUGCCUAGAGUGCUGCUCUGAUUACGGCCAAUGCAAACAGGUGAUCUCCAUGCUACCUCAGUGCCAUAAAAAUGUUUUUAACUCUUUAACGGAGUUCCUGCGAGAGCUGUUGAAGCACUCCGCUCACAACCACUUGGACGUCAACAUCUUAGCCACCAUAUUUUCUGCCUUGAUGCUGAGAUCAUCUAUGAAGCAAGAUCUCUCUCAGAAAAGAAAAAUCCAAGAGUUUUACCAGCAUUUUUUGACGGAAGAUCUGUCUUGAUCCUGAGUGUCCAUAGUUUACUUUUUUUGAGCUCAAUGAAGCAUAACACUUUCAUACAUAAUAUACAUACUUUUGAAUAGACUUGCUUUGAUCAUCCAUGAUUUAAAUAUGAUGUUUAAUGCAGGAUGACAUUUUUACCUGUUGAAACACAGCGUUUAUUUUAUUACAGUGUAGAGAAACCGCCUAAUAUGUAUAUUUACCAGCUAUUUAAUGAUCAGGUGUAUUUGUAUUUUGAUGUCUGUAAAUACAAAACCAACUGCUCUUUUAUAUUCAUAUAGAUAUAUACAUAUAUGCACAC